UGCUUCAAGCAGAACUGGCUCUGGGGUUGGGGUGGGGUGGGGUCGGUUGAUUCAGCAGCAGCCCACCUAAGCCCCUGGUCCCCAGCAAUAAGGAAUGUCUCAGCAGGAGCUCUAUGGGAAUUGGCUGUGCCCUCCACCGUCACCAGGGAAGAGACUGGUGAGACAAACAGGGAUCUACUUAUUAGCAGGGGGACCAGCACAUGCAAGUCACUUCAGAUCUGGCUCACCUGAUAGUUUUUCCAAUGAGGAGGAUUAUGACGAUGUGUCCCUGUCCGAGACGGGAGAUCACAUGCAAAGGAGGCUACCAGCUUAUCAAGACAAUACAGAUGUAGCAAGUCAGAGAAGCAAGGAAAGCAAAGGGGUUUACGUGCUAGCCGGGAAGCCAGCAUCUUCAAGUCUCCCAAGGACAGCUGACCCCAUUCCUGACGCCAAUCAAGGAAUAGGCUACAGACCGAAGUCCAUUGUGACACUGUAUCUCCUGAUGGGCAUUUGUUUUGCAAUGUGGGCAGUUCUCCUCUCACUGGCAGUGGUGAAAUACAUGGAGAUGUCAGAGGAGUUAAAAGUUUUAAACUAUAACCACUCGGAGAGGCUAAUGAACGUGGUGCAGGACCUGGCUGAUGCACGAAUAGAGCGAAAGAAAAUCCAGACCAACGUGAACAAGAGCUAUAAGGAAUUGCUGGAUUUGACAGCAUCCAUCUGCAAUGCGUUCCCAGAGCCUAUUCAAUGUGCAGCCGGCUGGAAGAAGUUUGGGAAAACAUGCUAUUACUUUUCAAAUAUGACUACAGACUGGAUGGGUGCGAAGCAGUUCUGCACUGAUCAAAAGGCUUCCCUGGUUAUCGUUAACAAUGACAACGAACAGGCUUUCUUGAAAGACUGUAAUAAACAGAAAAGGACAUACUGGCUGGGACUGAGUGAUGCAGAGGAGGAAGGGAAGUGGCAGUGGAUAGACAAUAGCCCGUAUUCUGUCAGCUUUUGGAACUUGGGGGAACCGGACAUCCAGGGUGAGGAGGAAGACUGUGUCUACAUGAGUUCUACUGGGACAUGGGGCGAUUCCAAGUGCUCCCAGCCCAAUUACUGGAUUUGUGAACAGACAUGGAUCUGCUGACCCACUUUUCAAACAUGCUGUCAUUAUGGGAUUGAGCACAAGUCCUACUGCUCCUCCUGCACCUGCUCAGUGGCUGACAAGAACUCACUCCAGCUCUCCAAUAGCUGAACUGAAGAUGACGUUUCUCCUGAUUGUUAAUACCGCUCUCCUGCAUGCUAGUUAGGGCUGUAGGUUCAGGGGUCCAAGUGGUCCCAAAAAAGUGGCAGUAUUAUACCUCAGCCCUGCUCACUUCCUCAAGCUUUACCCAUAAAACACAGAGCAGCUACACACUUCAGCUAAAAUUAUCAGUAGUUGAAAUGUAACUGUGCUGACACGUAAAUGGCCACCAUUAGGCUUCAGAAUCAACACCCACUUUAAACAAAUGAGGAAAGUUCAUGCCUCUCAGAGCUAUGAGGCCCAAUUCUUUACUUGCAUCUGUUUUAAACCCACAUAACAACUAAUUUCAAUGUAGUUACCUGUGCAUCAGUAGUGUCUACUUAACUCUCAGAAAAUAUGGCUUCUAUAGACUAAUUCUUAUACUUCAAAUCCACUCCUCAAAAAAUAUGAUAGUGUUGACAAGACCCCUUAAGGGGAUGCAGCCACUUCACUCAAACCAUAUAUUUAGGCGUGGCAGAAUUAGGUUGUUUUUAUAUAUACAAUUUUGAAAGAUAAAUAGUAUCAAUGUUUAUUUAAGUAUUUAAAAAAAAUUAUCAAUGUAAAUUUUCACAGUUGUAGAAAAUUAUGGGCAGGUCAGACAAUAUUUAUUUUAUGACAGUAGAUAAAUUAAACUAGUGGAGACAUCCUAUCUCCUAGAACUGGAAGGGACCUUGAAAGGUCAUUGAGUCCAGCCCCCUGCCUUCACUAGCAGGACCAAGUACUGAUUUUGCCCCUGACCCCUAAGUGGCCCCCUCAAGGAUUGAGC